UGCUCAAGCUAUCAUAGUUUUCUUACUAAGUCGUACCCAGGUGUGCACAUGAGACAAGAUAACUAGUACACAAGCUUCUAAUACAUCUUCAAAAACAACUCCAUUGAAAUAACUGCAUCGGAUCCCGCAAACGGAUGAACUUGGAAGGUAUCUUCCAAAGACGCAACAAUUUAAAGAAGUACGUACCAUAGGUUAACGAGGCUUCAGCCUUUUGGCACCCCACUUCUCGACUUUCCUCAAACCCAACCCAACAUCUACCCCAUUCGAUCAUCUCCAUCAAUCCGCAAGAACGGAACGGGGAAACUUGCAUUGCCCAGUGUCAUCUCGCGACGUAUUUUAGAUAUCCUUUAAGCCUACGAACUACAUCCACUCUUUCUCAUCCGCUUGACCGAACUGACCCAACGUUUUGAGCUCCUUGCAUUAUCGGAAUCCUUUGUUCCAGAAUACUGAUCACACUCAAGAUUUUCUCUGGGAUGGUGGAAUAUUGGUAGUUUCUGACCAACGCCUCUUUCACAUGCUCAGACGUUGACGACGAGUAACAUCGGGCCUGGCUCCGUGGUUGAAAAUAGAGUAUCAUUUGCACAAACUUCUUAUCCUUGCACUUGCAUCGUGUAACGGUCUCUUAUUCCUUACCCACUGAAGUCUUCCUACCCCCUAAGGAAAUUUGUGGAGGCAUAUAUACUCAUUAAAGAAAAGGAAUCCAAAGCAUAAAGUUGCGGGGAUAUGGGAUUCCGAUCGUUGCUACAUGAUAGUGCACUACUUCUAGAUAUAACCAAGGCUGUUGGUAGCUGCUUACCGUGGGAACUCUUUCUCAUAAGAAUAAUUUCCCCCGCAGAAGAUCUGAUGUAUCUAAUGUAAUGCCGUCUUAUUGCCUUUACGAUUGCCAUUAUUUCUACCGCACAGCACUGCGAGGAUUGAAUAUUUGCACUUCUAUUUCUCCAUUAUACGCAUAAACUUGAGGGUUUAGGCUAACCAAGAUGCCUACCUCAACAACAGCUGUCCGUACAUUCAGGAUGCCUAAAUCUCUAAAUGAAUCCCUGAUUGCAGUAGGAGAACCUCCUGCCGAUGCUGCACCAGACGCAAAUCGAUCAAUGGAAGGAGCAAAGAGGGUCAACGAUGGCUACUCAAAGGACCAAAGAGAUCCUCUUGCUAGCAAUCAGCCAAAACAUGAGCAAGGAAUUACUUUUGCUGCACAAGACAAGUUACCAAAGCUACCAAUACCAGAGUUAGACGGUAGCAUGACGAAAUAUCUAGCAGCUUUAAAACCAUUACAGUCACCAAGAGAACAUGCAGAAACUAAACAAGCAGUGGAAGAAUUCCUGAAAAACGAUGGACCGGAACUUCACGAGAGACUGAAGAAGUAUGCAAAUGGAAAGACUAGUUAUAUUGAGCAGUUUUGGUACGACUCAUACCUCAACUUUGACAAUCCCGUCGUUCUGAACCUCAACCCAUUCUUCUUACUUGAGGAUGACCCAACACCUGCAAGAAACAACCAAGUGACUCGUGCAGCCUCAUUAGUAAUAUCUGCAUUGUCUUUCGUACGCGCAGUUAGGAGAGAAGAGUUACCUCCCGACACAGUGAGAGGUACGCCUCUCUGCAUGUACCAAUAUUCGAGAUUAUUCGGCACUGCACGUGUACCUACCGAAAAUGGAUGUCACAUUGGACAAGAUCCAGAAUCAAAGCAUCUUGUAGUACUUUGCCAUGGGCAAUUUUACUGGUUUGAUGUUCUUGAUGACAAUUCGGAUCUAAUCAUGACUGAAAGAGACGUUUCGAUUAAUUUACAAACGAUCGUUGAUGAUGCGCAACAAACUCCCAUACAAGAUGCCGCUAAGGGUGCACUUGGUGUUCUCAGCACUGAGAAUAGAAAAAUCUGGUCAGGUCUUAGGGAUGUUAUGACCAGAGAAGAAGGAUCAAAUAAUGCAGAUUGUCUUGGAAUAGUAGACUCUGCCUUAUUCAUCCUCUGCCUUGAUUAUGCAGAGCCAAAUUCCCAAGCAGAUUUGUGUCAAAACAUGCUCUGUGGGACUAGUCAAGUUGAGAAGGGUGUUCAAAUAGGAACAUGCACCAAUCGUUGGUAUGACAAAUUACAAAUCAUCGUCUGCAAAAAUGGCAGUGCAGGCAUAAAUUUCGAACACACCGGUGUAGAUGGACACACCGUUCUCCGAUUUGCAAGCGAUGUAUAUACAGACACAAUCCUCCGAUUUGCCCGUACAAUCAAUGGACAGGCACCCAGUCUCUGGGCAUCUAACAGUCCAGACCCAGCCAAACGCGAUCCGGCUAGUUUUGGAGAUGUAAGCACAACUCCUCACAAACUAGAAUGGGAUAUGAUACCCGAACUCAGUAUCGCCGUUCGUUUUGCGGAAACUCGUCUUGCAGAUCUCAUUCAACAAAAUGAAUUCCAGACCCUUGAUUUCGCAGCUUAUGGGAAGAAUUUCAUGACGAGUAUGGGAUUUUCUCCGGAUGCUUUCGUGCAGAUGGCAUUUCAGGCUGCAUAUUAUGGUUUAUAUGGUAGAGUGGAAUGUACGUACGAACCAGCGAUGACGAAAGUCUUUCUUCAUGGAAGAACUGAAGCUAUACGAUCUGUGACGCCUGAAUCAGUCGAUUUCGUACAGAAAUUUUGGGCUGAAAAUCCUCCGGAACAAAAAGUAGAGGCGUUGAAGAAAGCUUGCCAGAAACAUACAGCUAACACGAAGGAAUGCGCGAAAGCCCAAGGUUGCGAUCGUCACUUGUAUGCUCUCUUUAGCGUAUGGCAAAAAGCAGUCGAUGAAGAUGGCGCCGAGGCUGCUAGUAGUAAUGGAUUGAGCAGCAAUGGAUACUCCAGCCCUGUUGAGGCAGGUUCAUCUAGAGAUAACUCAAUAGUUGGUAGUCAAGGCCAGAAUUCAGUCUUGAGUGAUGGCGAUGAAGUUGAGCGUCGCUCAUCCCGCGCUCGAGGCAAUUCUACCCCUGGAUCAUCGAAUCAUUCCAUGCCUCUUCUUUUCGCAGACAGCGGUUGGGAUAAACUCAACACAACCGUUCUCUCAACAUCCAACUGCGGUAAUCCAUCACUUCGCCAAUUCGGGUUUGGCCCUACCUCAGGUGAUGGAUUUGGAAUCGGAUAUAUUAUUAAGGAUGAGGGAAUCAGUAUAUGUGCUAGUAGUAAGCAUCGUCAAACCAAACGCUUUGUAGAUGCUCUUGAGAGUUACUUGCUCGAAAUUAGAAGAGUGUUGAAAUCUACGAGAAGAGGCACAAGUCCAAAGGCUAGUAGAGCGAGAGAAGCUAGUGCCAAUAGACCCACUGCGGGGAAGAAGUUGAAGAGUAGAGGAAGAGUUAUUAGAGCUGCGGAGUUGGGUAAGAGAACGCCCGGGACGAUGACGCCGGCUGAUGAGAGUGCGGCUGUUAGUGACGAUGAAGGAUUGGGUGGAUAUGGAUUCUUCGACGCAGGCAUGCUUCUUCAAGCUCUCAAAGCAAGAGGUGAAGGUCUAGAUGAUUCAAGUACGAGACCUUCGGAACGGGCCAAUGCUAAUGCGAGAAGGAGGGAAAUUGGAAAGAAAUUGAGAUUGAGUGAAUAUUAAUUAUGGGAUUUAGCUGGGUCUCAACGAUGGGUACACGAAGUUAGAUGGGGUGAUAGGAGAAGUGAUUGGAGUUUAAGUUUUUCAUGUACUGCAAUAUUGUUAUGAAUUUCUCGACAUGAAAACAUUUAUUUCUAAGAAUAAACGAAAAUUUGAGAAUAAUCUACCUGGGUAGUAUCGCUUUGAAUUGAGUACGUUUUUGUAUAUUCAGAUGUUCAGUUAGUUAGUAA